AUAUGGUCCAAGUUAUAAUAGCAUUCGAAUGUUUCAUGUGUUUUCGAUUUGAUUUGAUCCAAGAAUCAAUUUUUUUUUUCAAAAAAACAAUGGCAACAUUUUUCCUAAGAAAUUGUCUUCGAUAUUAUCCUGUUAAUGGUAGAUUAGCCAUUUCUAGAUUACCACAAAUUUCACAAUUUCAUAAUACAUCAUUUCGAUUCCAACAACAGGAAGAAUCAUUUAUAAAUAAUUCACAAUUUACUGGAUAUAUACCAAUAAAUCAAUUAGAUAUUAGUUAUUGUACAAGUUCAGGACCCGGUGGUCAAAAUGUUAAUCGAAAUUUUACAAAAGUUACAGUAAAAUUACAUUUACCAACAGCUAAUUGGAUACCUGAUGAUAUUAAAGAUCGUAUCACCGAAUUGCAUAAAAAUUCCAUUAAUAAAGAUGGUUAUUGGCUAAUACGAUCGGAUAAAACAAGACAACAAUUAUUAAAUGUAGCUGAUUGUAUGGAUAAACUUCGUUGUUAUAUUGCCGAAGCAGCAAAACCACCAAAUUUGGAACCAUCAUUUGAAACAUUAGAAAAACAACGUCAAGAUCGAGAACGUGCUUCUAUACGACGUUUAGAGAUGAAAAAACAACGAUCAAUAUUUAAAGCACAAAAACGAAUGGAAUUUUGAACAUGGAUUUUGGCCAUUUGUUAAUUUUGUAGUAAAAAAAUUUUCUUAUCAUUCAAAAUGAUUCAUGUUUCUUUCUUUCUUAAACUAUCGGG